CGCACGCCGGCCUGAGACAGCGAGGCCGACGCGGAGGCCCCCGAAGCGCACGCGCCGCGCUCGCGCUGCUGUUUUGAAUAGAGGUGCGGCCAACGGCGGCCGCGCGGCUGCUAGCUGCUGGCUGGAGGGAGGAAGUCGGCCUCCCGGGUGCCAUCUUGGGAGGGGAAGAGGCGUCGCCUGAAGCCGGAUCGGUCGGCUUGUUUAGUGUGUCGGCCUGGGCUACGAAGCCUUGGGUGCUAGGGGGAAAGGAGGCCCAGGGGACUCGUUGGAACUUCUCAUUGGUCAACAAAUGAAACAUAUGCCUGAGCUGGGUGGCAAGUCUUAGCCUUGCAGCUGGAAGCCCAUUCAUGUGGUGGGUCUCUAGGGUAGCCACUUUUGUUCUGGCAAAAUAAGAGGUUGGGGGGGCGGCGAUUCCCCCCCCCAAUCUCUUGCUGAAGUGACUUCAGAGCAAUCAGUAACAGUCUAUUGCAGCCUAACAGGACGGCCCCUCUGGAAUUUGUCGCACGUGCACACAUGUACACAUUAAUUUGUAGAUCUCUCUGUGCUUGGUCACCCAGAGCUUAAAUACAUGACCUUCCACGCGCCCUAUCAAACACAUGCAUUUGGAGAGGAUUCCUAACUUGGCAUACAGAGACAAAGAGAGAAAAGCUCAACAACUUUGGCUAACCCCCCACCCCAAGAAAAAAGCUCAACAACUCUAGAAAUACUGAUUUCUUCAUUUUGAGUUCCAAAAAAUAAGGGUUGUCUUAUACAUGGGCUCACCUUAUAUACAGAAAAAUACGUCAGCUUAAGAUCGGGCAUGUUAAGGGUAGUAUGGGUGUAGAUGUAGUUGCUGUCAAUAAGAUUUACUUCCGAGUAGCUAGCUAGUUUAGGUUUGCAACCUCACACUGCAAUCCCAGCUCCCUAACCAGGUUUGUCCAGAAGCAAGUAACAUUCAGCUGGAUGGAACUAAAUGUCAAACAGCAUUUAAGACUGCUAUCUAAACCACACUUGAUGGAGAGAAAACCACAUUUGACACUGGGGCUUGUUUCUCAGCAAACAUGUGCAUAGAAUCAGGUUGCACAGCUAACAAUGCUAUGCACACUCAUUGGAGAGCAAGUCACACAACAGCAUACUACAGAGUAAAAAUAGGACUGCCAAGGUGGGUGCUUACUUCCUGGGAGUAAGACCAACUGAAUGCAGUAGAACUUACUUUUGAGUGAACAUAUAUGGAAGCAGAGUGAAAACAUAAAGUGGUGUUUUCAUUCCCAAUCAACACUCCUUGUGUUGUUUUAUAUGAUAGUGCAGUCCAAAAACAUUUAAACAAACAAAAAGUCUCCUUUUUAUUUCAGUGGUUUGGAUUUCAUGAUCAGUUUUUCCUCUAUGGCCUUUUGUCUGCAAGUAUCAUAUGAUUAAUACCAAUAGGAAAUACAUUAUUUACAAUGAAUUGGGGAGGGACAGAGUCAGAAAACAAGGGAUAAAUAGCCCCUUCUUCAAACCAUAAUUAUAAAAGCAUUAUAAAGAAUCAGGCCUUCUAGCUUAAUGACUGCUAAAACCAUGGAUGGGUGCAGCUGGAUGCUACUCUGAAGGACCACAUGAUACAACUCAUUAUUGAGGGUAGAACCCCUUAAUCCGGAAAGAAUUUGUAACAUGCCGGACUUAAGGAACUUCUUGUGUUCCGCAUUCUAGUCUGCCAAGAAAAACACUUGGAUGCUUUUGAGCAUUUCAUAGACUUUUCUCUUUCUCUCAGUCCUUCAUUAAAACAAGGAAUGUGUGAGGUCAUUUGUUUUAUACUUUCCUCCUAAUAUAAGACAACUGUAAUCUUGCCUUCUUUGUUUGUGAUCAUCACUCCUUAAAUAUUAGGCAUUUACAGUUGGUUAAAUAGAGAACACCUGUAUAGGGUGCCUGUCUAAAAGUCCAUCUCUAAUACUGAGGGAAGUCUAUGGGUGGGGGGAGAAGGGAUGUAUGCUUAUUUUCUUAUGUGACUUAUGUUAAUGGAUUAUGCUGAUUAAAUUGUAAAAUUCAAUUUAAAAAUCUUUUAAAAAUAAAAAAUAAAAUUCCAUCUCUAACACUAACUAAUAAAUCUUCAGGAGGGGAAUUGUAGCACCUUUAAGACCCCAAUAUACAGAGCAGCAUUUCCUUGUAUAAAUAGUAUCCUUUUAAUAAACCAACAAUCUUAUUUAAAUUCUUCCUGGUGUCCAUCUCACACCAUAGCCUACUGUACCAGCUAUGAGGAGGUUUUGAAAGGAUUCUGAGUAAACUGGUGGCAGCGGAAAAUUAAAGAAGCGCAGAUACCUAAGCUUGUGUUUAUACAGGUGAGGCUGAGGGAACUGGUUUCCCCGACAGUGAGGUUUGCCUGAAAUGAUUAUAAUUAUAAUUCAUUUACUACAUAUUAUGUUAAGUGCAUGCUUUGAUGUGCCUGCUUACAGCUGGCCACUGUUGUUGUUUAUUAAGCAAAAGCAGCUGCAGGAGCCCACACACACUCCCCCAAAUGUAGAUCAAGACUGGAGAGGAAUGUGUGCAUUCCCUUUCCCUUCUCUGCACUGAUUUUCUACCGCACCUGCAAGGCCAGCCCUACCAUUAGGGAGAGCAGGUGUGGGGAACCUUUGGCCCUCCAGAUGUUGCUGAACCACACCUCAUCUGAUCAACACUAGCAAGCAUGGUCAGGGGGUGAUGGGAGUUUAGCUUGGCAACGUUUGGAUGGUCAAAGUUGAGGUAAACAGGCAGCUACUUCAGGUGGUAAAUGACUGGGGGUAAGGAGAGGCAGCAAGGUGCUUUUUUCAGGGGGUACUCAGGGGUACACAGUACCAGCACACCUUUUUUGUUAAAAACUGAGACAGUAACAACUUCAUGGUAAGUACCGGCACCUAUUUUUCUACCGGCACUGGUAUUGGACGAUAACAUUGUGUAUAGUAUACAACCUUCCCUUUCCUUGCCAAACUAGACUGCUGCCCCCAAGUGCAUUGGAGAAAGCUGUCCCAUCAGCAGCGUGGUUGGAUUCUGUGCAUGGAAUAGGACUGUGGGAGCAUCUUUCUUUCACCUCAGCAGCUACUAGGUGCCCCCAGAUGUCUUGUUUUUCCUGCAUAUAACAAAAAAUAUUUGCCUCUAAGUAACAAAGGCUGCCUAAAUAGUUCAAAGGAAACUAUUGAUGUAGCACAUGUCAAUGUACUGAAUGCCUUUUCUUAAAAAAGGAAAGAAAAAGUAUGUUCAUUUUAGCAUACAUAGCUCCUGUCAGCUGGAAAAGCCCAUAACUAUGCAUUCCCCCAAUGAAUUUGCCUGUCAAAUCACUAUGAUAAGUUAUAAUAUCUUAACAUCUUUUCCAUUAAUUAUUGUAGCAAAUUUUGAUCGAGAGAAAAUAACAAAAGACAGCUAGUUUCAAAACUGUCAAAACAUUCCCAUCUAUUAUUUUUUUCAUGGGCUUUCUUAAUUGUCUGUUAAUGUUUAGAAAUACAAACAUACCUGCAGUCUUUUAAUCUAAGCCAUUUCAGUUCACUAAUGAACACCUUCUUUCCAAAGGCAGCAAAUAAAAUUAUUCUACACAUAUGGAAAUCUAGCUUUUUUAUAGAUUUAUUUUAAAAUAUACUUUAUUAAUUUUCAAGCCAAUGUUCCAUAGUUUAACUACAACAUACAGUACAUCCAAAUUACAUGCACAAAGUCCAAACAAAUGUGAUAUAAAUUAAUUGGGUCUUUUUUUCUUUUCAGCUAGUAAGCAAUAUACCACCGGCAUACAGUCUUGCCUUUUGCCAUAGCGAUCCAUAUAAAUCCAGAUGUGUCCAGUUGUUCCUUUUCCUGUCCUGUUCACAAAACAAUAAAUUUCCUUCAAACUCUACUGCAUUUUAUUGUCCUUUAGCCUCUUGAAAUUUUCAAUACCAGGUUCUCCGGAAUGCCUAUAUUUCAUACUAGUCUCCAUAACUUGAGAUACAAAAAAGUGGAAUAGAAUGAAAAUCUUUCUUUAAUUACUACCAACAAGUAAAUCAGCAUCUUCUUUGUGCAAGGUCUUCAUUUUCUCCUUCAGAAAUUGAUAACAGUGCUGGUUUUGGGUUCUUCCUAAUAGUUUGAAUAGUUGUUUUUUUUACAUUUAUUAAAUAUGGCACUCCCACUAUAAGAGAAAGUAAAUCCCAACUGCUUCACAGCCUUUUCAGCAGUGUGUGUCACUCACUUUAUAAAUUAGACUUGCCCUCUGCAUUCAGCCCUCUGGACUGAAUAGGUUAUGAAACCCACUGGUGCUAUCAGGGCAGGACUUGGAGGUAGAGUCCAAGGUCCUACACAACAGCAGUGUUGGCUGGUGCCCAUUGGGGGACCAACAGUAAGUGGAGUCAUCCUCUCCUUUGCUGAGGUCUACAAGGGCAACACUGAAACUAAGCAGGAGGAAGGUGUAAGAAACAGUGGGGAGCUGGCUGAGGACAGGCAGAGCCUUGUGUUGCAGAGAUACAUUCACCCUCCACUGCUAACAGAAUGGUGAAGAGGUGCCCCCCAGAUGCAGCAAGACUUUUGGAGAACAACCACCUUUUGAAGUAAGCAAAGUAUAUACAUUUCCACCUAAAGGAGGACAACCCUUUCUCCCUAUUAUCACCUAGCCGCACCCCGAGUGAUAAUGUAGGACUUAUAGCUACCAUAAUGGGGCUUAAUUUCCAUAAAGUGGAGGGUGGGAGAAAAUAAGCUUUUUCAAUCCUCAUUUUGAAAUGGCGGUCCACUGUGUGGCUAUUCAGAUGGACGUUCUACACCAGGGGUAGGCAACCUAAGGCUUGGGGGCCGGAUGCGGCCCAAUCACCUUCUCAAUCCGGCCCGUGGACAGUCCAGGAAUCAGCGUGUUUUUACAUGAGUAGAAUGUGUCCUUUUAUUUAAAAUGCACCUCUGGGUUAUUUGUGGGGCCUGCCUGGUGUUUUUACAUGAGUAGAAUGUGUGCCUUUAUUUAAAAUGCAUCUCUGGGUUAUUUGUGGGGCAUAGGAAUUCAUUCAUUUUCCCCCAAAAAGUAUAGUCUGGUCCACCACAUGGUCUGAGGGAUGGUGGACUGGCCCAUGGCUGGAAAAGGUUGCUGGCCCCUGUUCUACACAUACCCAAAUACAUUUUAAAUUAUUGCUCAAGCUGAAGUCUGGUGCAAUUAGACACAAACAAUUUCCCCAUCCUUACUUAUUUUCAAGGGGGGGUAUCACCCUACCUUUUUAUGCUUUUGUAUCAUGUAAGGUAGCUUAUAUAAAUCAAAAUUACAAUCACACAAUAAAACCACACCCACCCAUUGUGAAGACAUUGCAAUUUGGGGGAAUGUUCCCCUUUAAAUAGGAACAUGGGAGAUGCACAUUCAAACAGCUGUGCACACACUAAUGUGUACAUGAGUUGUACAGAUCUCAUUUUUCCAUGUGCAUUCACACAAGUGCUUUCAGCUGAACCCUGUCUCAGUGUUUCCCAUCCACACAAGGGGGUGGUGCUUGACAGGAUGUGUCUGCACGUAAGGGACAAGAUGGAACUUUUCAGUACCUCAGCAAGGGGCCAAAUAGAAGCCCCCUAGCACCACCUUCUGAAAAGAGCCCUGUGAGGGAAACCACAAUAUGACUGUUCUCCCAGCUGACAGAGUGAGCCCAGAAAGAUACCACAGCCAAUGGGAAUUGACAGGGUCACACUCCCCUGUACUACUCCAAUGGAGGUCACCCAUGAGGUUGUUUCUGUGCCAUAACCACAAUGAUUCAGUUUUAGAUCAUCUGCCUCAUGCAAGUGAGUCCAGAAUUGGACAGCCACCACUCACUUGAGUAUAUCUGAGUAUUUUUGAGAUUGUGUGGGUCCAUGGCGGCCAUUUUAAGGAGCAACGGCACCACUACUAGCUUCAGAAGGUAAUUGGAACCACUCCCUUUCUUAAUGGGGCAUUAAUUACUUCCUGGAGCUGCCAAGUCAACAGGGCCAGUGCUAUAAUAAGCCAAGAGGAGGAGGGUAUGUCAGUGGCAGAAUGAGAGGGACAGCAGAUCUGGACCAGGGUCCUAGCUCACUUCCCUUGCUGGAGAGGCAAUCUGCUGCCACAAAAUGUCUCACCAAACAGCACACCUUAUUGGGCUCCCAUUGCCUCAUGGAAGAGCAAGCUCUGUCCCCAUGGGUGGGUGGGUGCAGCUGCUGACUUGGGAGUAGCCAGGAUUUUUGUUAAGGAGGGCAGGCUUUUGUCAGAGGGGGCAGAGCCUCAGAUUUGUACAGUGGUACCUUGGGUUACAGAUGCUUCAGCUUACGGACUCCGCUAACCCAGAAAUAGUACCUUGGGUUAACAACUUUGCUUCAGGAUGAGAACAGAAAUUGUGUGGCGGCGGUGUGGCAGCAGCGGGAGGCCCCAUUAGCUAAAGUAGUACCUAAGGUUAAGAACAGUUUCAGGUUAAGAAUGGACCUCCAGCUUUUUCUCCGCCUCGCUCCUUGCUCUCGCUGGGAGUCGCUGACCAGCCGCUCCGCUCCCCGAGGCCUCCCGUCUGCCCGCCCACUCGACCCACCACCACCCGACGACGCCACAGCCAUGAUCAUCUACCGGGACUGCAUCAGCCAAGACGAGAUGUUCUCGGACAUCUACAAGGUCAAAGAAGUGGCCAGCAGACUCUGCCUGGAAGUGGAAGGGAAGAUGGUGAGCAGGAAAGAAGGUGAAAUAGAUGAUGCUUUAAUUGGUGGAAAUGCGUUGGCUGAAGAUCCAGAUGGUGAAGGGGCAGAGGCUACUGUUGUCACCGGUGUUGACAUUGUAAUGAACCACCACCUUCAGGAAACAAGCUUCACUAAAGAGUCUUACAAGAAGUACAUCAAGAACUACAUGAAAGCAAUCAAAGCAAGACUUGAGGAAACAAAGCUAGAGAGAGUAAAGCCGUUUAUGACUGGAGAAGCUGAACAAGUCAAACAUAUCCUUGCAAACUUCAAAAAUUACCAAUUUUUUGUAGGCGAGAACAUGAAUCCAGAUGGAAUGGUGGCAUUACUGGAUUUCCGUGAGGAUGGUAUCACUCCUUAUAUGGUUUUCUUUAAGGAGGGAUUAGAAAUGGAGAAAUGUUUACAAGAGACCAACCCUUCUGGAUCAAAUAUCAUCAUAAUUGGCUGCUGUUCUUUAUUCAUCAACAAAACAUCAUGA